ACAUAAUCAACGCUGGAGUGUAUGCGUGUGCAUUUUGACACUUCUCCGUCAGUUUAAUUUUGCCAAGUAGUGAAGCCACUAAUUCAAGUUUUUUUUUAUUGAUACAAUCAAUCGAAUGAUGCAGCAUUAGCUAAUUUAUAAAUUAAAAGCGCCGUAACUGACCACCCACAAAAAGUUGUUACCGAAUUCCCAAGAUGAAUACGCUGAUCCUACUAAAUUUGUUCCUGUUCGUUGUGCUGACAGCGGCUGGCCGAGACUUCUAUGCGAUAUUGGGGGUGAAAAAAUCGGCCACUUUGAAUGAAAUCAAAAAGGCGUACCGGAAACAGGCCAAAGAAUUGCAUCCCGACAAAAACAAAGACGAUCCGGAUGCGUCCAAGAAAUUCCAGGACCUUGGUGCCGCGUACGAAGCGCUAUCUGAUGAAGAUAAGCGAAAAACGUAUGAUCGGUGCGGGGAGGAGUGCCUGUCCAAAGAACAUGGCAUGGACAAUUCGGAUCCGUUUGCCAGUUUCUUUGGCGAUUUUGGAUUCCAUUUCGGUAAUGAAGGCGGUCAUAAUCAUGACACACCAAGGGGAGCCAAUAUUGUGAUGGAUUUGUAUGUGACGUUGGAGGAAUUGUACAGUGGCAAUUUCGUUGAGAUUACUAGAAACAAGCCAGUCAUGAAACCUGCCUCGGGUACGAGAAAGUGUAACUGCAGACAGGAAAUGGUUACCAGGAAUCUGGGACCUGGUCGCUUUCAGAUGAUUCAGCAAACGGUCUGUGACGAAUGUCCCAACGUGCGCAUGGUGAACGAGGAACGAAUUCUGGAAAUUGAGGUCGAACCUGGUAUGACCAACGGCCAAGAAACGAAAUUCGUUGCCGAAGGCGAACCACACAUGGACGGUGAACCGGGCGAUUUAAUAAUUCGAAUCAAGACGGCACCACACUCGAAAUUCGAACGACGCGGUGACGAUUUGUACACCAACGUUACGAUCAGUUUACAGGAUGCACUGACUGGUUUUGAGAUUGAAAUCGAACACUUAGAUGGUCACAAAGUAACGGUGAAUAGAGAUAAGGCGACAUGGCCGGGAGCGAAAAUCCGCAAGAAGGGCGAAGGCAUGCCGAAUUACGAAAAUAAUAAUUUGCAUGGAACGCUGUACGUUACAUUUGAUGUGGAAUUCCCCAAACAGGAGUUCACUCCAGACGAGAAAGAAGACUUACGACGGAUACUUGCCCAGUCAUCAAACAAUAGAAUUUACAACGGCCUGAAUGGGUCAUAGUAACGUGUGUGUGUGUUAGGAGAAACCUUUUCUUAUUUGUACAGUCGCUAGGUUUUCUAAUUAUUGUUUUUUGUAUGGAAGAAUGCCCGACAAAUAGCCGAAAUUGUAUCACAUUUUGUUUGUUUUUUGUGAUUUAUUUAUUGGAGACGAAAAUUAAAAACAAAUUACACUUGAAA